AUGUUCGAAUGGUUUUCUUCCAAUUCUUCUGGAAUAACCUCUCAUAAACCACGAUAUUUAACCUUCUUCUAUGGCAAUGAGUUCGUAUGUGGUGGGGUGGCUUCCUUUGUUAAUGUCACAUUAGUCUAUCCAUUUCAUAAAACCGUUUUUUUUCAGCAGUUAAAUGGCACUACUUGGUGGGAAUCAGCUCUUAAGUUGCAUCGUGAAGGAAUGGCUAAUGUUUAUAGAGGGUUUCUUCCAUCCCUUCUGCAGCGUUGUGCCACUGGCUCCCUAAUGUUCGGUGUACAAAGCAAGACAGAAGAUUUUUUUGUUAAAUAUUACGAAUUUAAUACUGUUUCAUACCUUUCAAAAAAAGUUAUUUCUUCCAUAGUUGCCGGCUGCUUUGAGGCCACUUUAAUGCCAUUUGAAAGAGUCCAAACCAUCUUGCAAAUGUCAAAGCAUGCAAAUUCUUACAAAAACACUUUUCAUGCAAUCUCUAGUCUUGUUAGAUUGCAUGGUUUAACAGAACUAUACAGAGGUCUUUCCCCCGUGCUUUGUCGUAAUUGCUUUGGAAACGUUUUAUAUUUCUGCGGCUGGGAUGUCCUGAAUAAUAUCCGACAAAAAACGAGCCCAAGUGAACAUAAGACUUCACCUUUAUGGAGUUUUAUUGUUGGGGGUCUACUUGGUGCAUGUAUUGGAGUUGCCUGUUUCCCAAUGAAUGUUGCAAAAGCCAAAAUGCAAUCGAAAGUUGGGGGUGGGUUUGAGCAUCUGCAUACUACAAUAUUGGAACUUGUACACGAAAAGGGAAGGGUUUCCAGAUUGUACCGAGGAGUACCUGCCAAUUUCGUUCGGUCUAUUAUCUCAUGGGGUAUCACAACUGUUACGUAUCGUACACUAUUGGAAUUACAAUAUCCGGUAUAA